AUGAAGAAGUGUUUGGAAAAAGGAGUGAGAAAAUGGAAGGGAUUUGCGGCUUGUAGAAACCAUUUAGGGUGGAGAUGUGGAAGAGAAUAUGUUGGUGAACCAGAGGAAGUGUUUGGAGAAGCGGACAAGGCUAAGAAAACCGUGAAAGCCACGAGGACAAGUAUGGAAGCGUACGGAAAAGCCAUUGUUUUUCUGGUUUUGAGAAUGAAUGAGAGACUCGAGGUUUGUAGAGAGGUUGGUAUCACUGAUGUGAACGUACUUGGUGGCGUUAGCCAUUAG